CCGGCGGAGCGCUCCGUGCCCGCGGCCGUGCCCGCGCCGGCGGCGGCCCCAGCGAGGGGCUCUGGGCUCUGCGCUCUGCGCUCCGCCGCCUCCAUGGAGCGCCGGCCGCGCCGCCUGUGAUGCCCGGCCCGGCGCGCACCAUGGGGCCGCUGUGGCUCUGCUGCCUGCCCCUCGCCCUCCUGCCCCUGCUCGCCGCCGUGGAAGAGACACUGAUGGACUCCACCACGGCGACAGCAGAGCUGGGCUGGACAGUGCAUCCUCCCUCAGGGUGGGAAGAGGUGAGUGGGUACGAUGAGAACAUGAACACCAUCCGCACCUACCAGGUGUGCAACGUCUUUGAGUCCAGCCAGAACAACUGGCUCCGCACCAAGUACAUCCGCAGGCGAGGAGCACACCGCAUCCACGUGGAGAUGAAAUUCUCUGUCCGGGACUGCAGCAGCAUCCCAAAUGUCCCAGGCUCCUGUAAGGAGACUUUUAACCUCUACUAUUUCGAGUCGGACUUGGACUCGGCCACCAAGACUUUUCCUAACUGGAUGGAGAAUCCUUGGAUGAAGGUGGACACGAUCGCUGCUGACGAGAGCUUCUCACAGGUGGACUUAGGUGGACGGGUGAUGAAGAUCAACACCGAGGUGCGCAGUUUUGGGCCCGUCUCCAAGAACGGUUUCUACCUGGCCUUCCAGGACUAUGGGGGCUGCAUGUCCCUGAUUGCCGUCCGUGUCUUCUACCGCAAAUGUCCCCGUGUCAUCCAGAACGGGGCUGUCUUCCAGGAAACCCUGUCGGGAGCAGAGAGCACCUCGCUGGUGGCAGCCAGGGGCACGUGCAUUGCCAAUGCAGAGGAGGUGGACGUGCCCAUCAAGCUGUACUGCAACGGUGACGGCGAGUGGCUGGUGCCCAUCGGCCGCUGCAUGUGCCGCGCUGGCUACGAGUCCGUGGAGAACGGGACCGUCUGCAGAGGCUGCCCCUCAGGAACAUUCAAGGCCAGCCAGGGGGAUGAAGGGUGCGUCCACUGCCCCAUCAACAGCCGGACAACCUCGGAAGGGGCCACAAACUGCGUGUGCCGGAAUGGAUAUUACCGGGCAGACGCCGACCCUGUGGACAUGCCGUGCACCACCAUCCCGUCCGCCCCGCAGGCCGUGAUCUCCAGCGUGAACGAGACGUCGCUGAUGCUGGAGUGGAGCCCCCCGCGGGACUCGGGGGGCCGCGAGGACCUGGUGUACAACAUCAUCUGCAAGAGCUGCGGGGCCGGCCGUGGGGCCUGCACGCGCUGCGGGGACAACGUGCAGUUCGCCCCGCGCCAGCUGGGCCUCACUGAGCCCCGCAUCUACAUCAGCGACCUGCUGGCCCACACCCAGUACACCUUCGAGAUCCAGGCCGUCAACGGCGUCACGGACCAGAGCCCCUUCUCCCCGCAGUUUGCCUCCGUGAACAUCACCACCAACCAGGCCGCCCCUUCUGCCGUGUCCAUCAUGCACCAGGUGAGCCGCACCGUGGACAGCAUCACCCUGUCCUGGUCCCAGCCCGACCAGCCCAACGGAGUCAUCCUGGACUAUGAGCUGCAGUACUACGAGAAGGAUCUGAGUGAGUUGAACUCGACCACAGUGAAGAGCCCCACCAACACUGUGGCAGUGCAGAACCUCAAGGCUGGCACCAUCUACGUGUUCCAGGUGCGGGCGCGCACCGUGGCCGGCUACGGCCGCUACAGUGGGAAGAUGUAUUUCCAAACCAUGACUGAAGCCGAGUACCAGACCAGUGUGCAGGAGAAGCUGCCGCUCAUCAUCGGCUCCUCGGCGGCGGGGCUGGUGUUCCUCAUCGCCGUGGUGGUCAUCGGCAUCGUGUGCAGCAGAAGACGGGGCUUCGAGCGGGCUGACUCGGAGUACACGGACAAGCUGCAGCACUACACCAGUGGCCACAGUACGUACCGGGGGCCCCCCCCGGCCCUGGGGGGCCGCUCACUGCUCGUGACUCCAGGGAUGAAGAUUUAUAUUGAUCCUUUCACCUACGAAGAUCCCAAUGAGGCUGUCAGGGAAUUUGCAAAAGAAAUCGAUAUCUCUUGUGUCAAAAUCGAGCAGGUGAUUGGGGCAGGGGAGUUUGGUGAGGUGUGCAGUGGGCAUCUCAAGCUUCCAGGCAAAAGGGAGAUCUUUGUGGCCAUCAAGACACUCAAGUCUGGCUACACGGAGAAGCAGAGACGGGACUUCCUGAGUGAGGCCAGCAUCAUGGGGCAGUUCGACCACCCCAAUGUCAUCCACCUGGAGGGGGUGGUCACCAAGAGCUCUCCAGUCAUGAUCAUCACUGAGUUCAUGGAGAAUGGCUCACUGGACUCCUUCCUGCGGCAAAACGACGGGCAGUUCACGGUGAUCCAGCUGGUGGGCAUGCUGCGGGGCAUCGCCGCGGGCAUGAAGUACCUGGCGGACAUGAACUACGUGCACCGGGACCUGGCCGCCCGCAACAUCCUGGUCAACAGCAACCUGGUGUGCAAGGUGUCUGACUUCGGCCUCUCCCGCUUCCUGGAGGACGACACCUCCGACCCCACCUACACCAGUGCUCUGGGUGGGAAGAUCCCGAUCCGAUGGACGGCACCUGAGGCCAUCCAGUACCGAAAGUUCACCUCAGCCAGUGACGUGUGGAGCUAUGGAAUUGUCAUGUGGGAGGUGAUGUCCUACGGAGAGCGGCCCUACUGGGACAUGACCAACCAGGAUGUGAUAAAUGCCAUUGAGCAGGACUAUCGGCUGCCCCCACCCAUGGACUGCCCAAAUGCCCUUCACCAGCUGAUGCUGGACUGCUGGCAGAAGGAUCGGAACCACAGGCCCAAAUUUGGGCAAAUUGUCAACACCUUGGAUAAAAUGAUCCGAAAUCCAAACAGCCUGAAAGCCAUGGCACCUCUCUCCUCUGGGAUGAACCUCCCCCUCCUUGACCGCACAAUCCCGGAUUACACCAGCUUCAACACUGUGGAUGAAUGGCUGGAUGCCAUCAAGAUGAGCCAGUACAAGGAGAGCUUUGCCAGUGCUGGUUUCACCACCUUUGAUGUAGUAUCUCAGAUGACUGUAGAGGACAUUCUGCGAGUCGGGGUCACUUUAGCAGGACACCAGAAGAAAAUUCUGAACAGUAUCCAGGUGAUGAGAGCACAGAUGAACCAAAUCCAGUCUGUGGAGGUUUGAUGGCUGCCUGUCCUCCCACUCCUCCUCCUCGAGGCCCUGCUCCCCUUUGCCCCUGUAUGUCCAAGCUCCAGUUCCUGAGUGUUCUGCAUGGACCAGAGACAGGCAGCUGCUCUGAGGAUCACGGCAGCAGGAGGGAACACCCUGUCCUCAACAAUGACAAGUUGCCAAGAGCUUCUAGAAUUUAAGCAAUGGAAAAAGGGAACAAAAAAAAGGACAACUAUUUUGAAAAAAAAAAAAAACAAAAAACAAACAAACUACAAAAUAUUUUUAAAUAAUAAUAAAGCAAUUGCAUUCUUGAAAAGGGCUCCAAGACCAAUGGGAGUCUCCAAAGGAAGAGAAAAGAGCAGCUUCAUGUUUCCUCUUGCACAAGGCUGCUGCAGCUGGACCCAGGCACCUCUGGAGCAGUGGGACUUCUCCAGGAAGAGGAAUGCAAGGAAAGGCCACGAGAAGCACAUCUCUUCCUCCCGUGGCUCUGGGAAUGCUGUGAGCCAGGCCCUUCCCCAGAGCCCCUGUGAGCAGAUCAGAGGGGGAGAGCUGAAGCUCUUUGGUGCUGUGAAACCAAGUGCAUCUCAGAAACUGAUGGACUCCUUCAAAAGCUGAAGACUUUUUUUUUAAAAAAACAAAACAAAACAAAACCACAACAAAUAAACUAAGACUAGAGGAGGCUGUUUCCGACAAAUGAGAAGGAAUCUGUAACGCCUGGGGGGGUGGGGAUGGGGAAAACCAAUCCUUUUUACAUCUCUUAUUUUCUCUUGUCAUGGAACAGUUUUGUGAGUGACAGUUUCCUAAGGGUCCGUCCAUCCACCCUCCAAUGGCAUCGUGUCUCAUACAUAUCAUUGCUCAAGACUUUAGUGAUAUCCUUUCUAGAUGCCAAUGAUCUUUUCCCAGAAGACUUCCCAAGUACAGUAUGUAGUAGUUUUUGAUUACAAAUGCUGACGUGUACCUUUAUUUUUCGGUUGUCAUUGUUGGGAGAUUUGUCCUUUUACAUUGUUUUGUUAACAUCAGUUUGUGAGUUUGGGGUUGGAAAUUUUCGGUUGGUUGGGGGUUUGGUUUUUUUUAAUGAAAAAGAAAUGACAUCUCCAAGCAUCAUAUCAUCCAAGAACUUAAAUCCCUUCCCUGUGGAAGGAAAAAUUGCAGCUUAUUGACCAUAUGCCAGGAGAAAAAGGUUUUUUAUAUGCA